UGGGUGUAAAAUUGCGGAGGUUGUGUCUUUCAGCGCAGGCGACGACAGCAGGAGCGACGUCUGAAGGGAUCCCCGCCUUUCCGGGGAGUUUCCGCCACUGCGAAGUUCUACUUCAUGUGCAGCACCUGUUGCAUGGUCAGUCGCCCUUUUGUCGUCUCCAGAUAUUUAGCCCCUCCGUCGCCCUCUCACAAGACGUCUUCAAGAUCCCAGAGUACAUCUUCAAAUUAUUUUACGUGCUUCUUCUUGCUAUUGAAAUGGUUUCUUUUUUCUUUUUUUAAAAUCUUUUAACAAGCAUGCACAACUUUACCACCGUGUGGAUGGAGUAUCGGUGCCUCCAAGCUCGUUUGAAACAUUUAGGAGAUGACUGUUGUCCGAUGCUCAGAGGAUCAUUGGAUCAUUUGAAUCAUUGAUAGUAGUGUUAUUGUACGCCGUUUGCAACGACUUUUUUCGGGGUGAACUUUUUCCCGAGUUUUCAAAAACUUUUCUGAACAACAUAGUUCCUACGAACUCAACAGGUGCGAUCUGAUCUAGUUCUCCCAAUUAUUGCUUAGUGGUGGCUGCCUUUUGACUGAUGCUUAAUUAUUAACAUUGCACAAAGCAGCCCGUGAAUCUGCGGCAGGACUCUCGUCGUUUGGGACUAUGUGGUUUCUACUUUGCGCCCAUUUCCUACACAUGUGUCCAAGGUCGGAUAGCUGUCAGAAAACAGACGUUUCUGCAUGGUGAUUAAAGGUCCACGUAUCCAGAGCCCAGGCGUCGGCUGCCAUCACGCGUCCAAAUGAUUCCUAUUCUAGUCCUCUUCAUUGUGUCGUCUCUUCUUCAAGGGUCGGAGGCGGAAUCAUCAGCGCUCAUCAGUAAAAUUCACCAGGCAAAUGUGAACGAGCAAAAUGCGGUUAAGGAGUCACAGUUGGAGAAGGUGGUGCGGGUGACUAGUGAUGGGAUGCUCCACAGCCCUGGGUUCCCACACACGUACCCCCGCAGCACAGACCUUGUGUGGAGGCUGGUGGCAGCCGAAGAAAAUUCCAGGAUCCAACUAACCUUUGACCCACGCUUUGGUCUGGAGGACCCAGAGGAUGGCGUCUGCAAGUAUGAUUAUGUGGAGGUAGAGGAGCCAACGGAGGGGACUGUUCUGGGUCGCUGGUGUGGAUCCCAGGCUGCUCCCAGCAUGCAUGUGUCUAAAGGGAACCAGGUCCGGAUUCGCUUCAUGUCGGACGAGUACUUCCCGUCGGAGCCAGGCUUCUGCAUCCAUUACACACUGCUCCAGCAGAAGCUGAAUGAGGAUGCCAUGCUGCCCCCAGCUCCACAGAGCGUGGAGGCUCUGGGUGAGCUUGUGGCUGGCUUCAGCACGGUGGAGGAGCUGUUCAAAUACCUGGAGCCAGAUCGCUGGCAGCUAGACCUGGAAGAGCUCUACACGCCCACCUGGCAGGUGCUGGGCAAGUCCUUCUUCCACCAGAAGAAAGCCAGAGGCAUGGUGGAUCUGAACCUACUCCGGGACGAGGUGCGUCUUUACAGCUGCACCCCGCGUAAUCUGUCCGUGUCCGUGCGGGAGGAGCUGAGGAGGACAGACGCCAUCUUCUGGCCCAGCUGCCUGCUGGUCAAGCGCUGUGGUGGGAACUGUAGCUGCUGCUCCAACCGCUGCUACGACUGCCACUGCACCCCCACCCGCGUGGCUAAGAAAUACCACGAGGUCCUGAUGCUGAAGCUCAGACCAGGUGGCCGAGGGCCACAGAAGUCCCUGACAGAUGUCCCACUGGAGCACCAUGAGGAGUGUAGCUGUGUGUGCAAGAAUGACUCGGACUAAAUUUAACCCAGGAGAGUGGCUUGGAUUAAAUGUAACCUAUGUCUUCCCAAGGAGAUGGAGAUUUUUAGGAACUGUGGACUCACCUGUGCUUCACCUUGGGAAAAUAUUUAUACAUUGCUUACUGACUGACUGGCUGUUUUUUACUGAGAUGUCCAAACAGUAAAAGCCAGAGAUGUCUUUAUCUUGACUCCAUCUAAGCCAGGGCAUCAAUAUUCAUGGUGUUACACAUCUGUGAUAACUUAUAAAGAACUUUCCAUCUGUCUCAUUACAAUUUUGAGCAUUUAGAGGGAAAGUCCCAUGCAGCUUGUUAGCGUGUGUGUGUGUGUGUGUGUGUGUGUGUGUGUGUAGAUGUGUGCAGAGCUGUGUCAGGACAGUAGGCUGAAACUGAAUUUGAGGCUCACCAGGACGUCUGGACUGUAUAGGGUGUUCAGUGUGCACAGAAAGAAAGAGUGGAUAAACAAACAGAAGGAAAUGAGAAGAAUGAACAGAAGUAAUAAAAGAAAAAGAGAGAGAGAGAGAAUGAAAGAGAAGAGAAAGAAAAAGAGAGACUGAGAUAGCCAGGACUUGCUGCGAGAGGAGUUGAUUUUUGCUACUAAUUUCUCUCCAUGUGAGGAGAGAUUCCUUCGGCAGUCUAUACCAGCACAGCAGCUAGUCCUGAAGAAGAGGGCGCUGCCUUCAUCUCCUUUGGCUCAUUCUCCAGCGCCAAGCACCACAGGAGCUUUUAAGGAGAGCAUGCAUGUUGGAGAAGCCUUCUGAUAUCAGAAAUCCCUUCAUGUGGACUCGCAAUGCUCCGAUCGUCCCAUAUCCCGUGCGUGAUUACCUCACAGAGGAGGAGAAGCAUUCAGUCCUUUGCUGUCCUGCAGAGAUUUGGAACCUGAGAGGAGGGAGGACUAAUGGGGGGGGUGUCUUCUGCUCUCCUCUUCUGCAUAUUGUUUGGACGUUUUCAUAAACAUCAUAUAAAAGAUUUGGAACAUGAAAGCGUCUUUUGUUUGUUCCAAACCGGAGCCCAGAGAAGAGUUGGAAAAUGAGCUCGGAAGAGCAGUGUCAGUGUUGUGUACGUUAUCCAUCCAGUCUCCCAGCGUGCCGUCCGCGCUGAGCCUGAAGACUGAAAUGCAAGCUGGUCCUUUUUUGUAGAUAGCAUUUUAAAUGAAAACUCAGAUCUUAUAAAUAGAGAUUCUGUUCCUCUUUUUUCCUCUUUUAUGCAGUUAUUAUACCAUAACUUGCUAUUUUCUGCAGGCAUCUGCACAGUUUAAGGCUGUGCUUCCUUUUGUCUUCAUCAGUCUUGGGUGGAUCAGCAUGCUUUGUUUCAGUACAUAUUUGGGUGAUAAUGCCAAAUUCUAUAUAAAAUCACAAAAAAGAAAGGGACAGGAAUCUGCUAGUCGAAUCCUCCCUGUUCUAUUACAGAGGAACCCCGCAAAGGAAGUGUUGGUAGGAUCUCAAGAGACAAACCAUCAGCUCCACUGCACAGGUAUAAACUCACUGGUCAAGACAGGUCAGCCCCACAACUACAAAUUCACUGGUCAGGAUGGGUCAGCCCCACAGGUGACAAACUCCCUGAUCAGGAUAGGUCAGCCCCACAGGUGACAAACUCACUGAUCAGGAUAGGUCAGCCCCACAGGUGACAAACUCACUGAUCAGGAUAGGUCAGCCCCACAGGUGACAAACUCCCUGAUCAGGAUAGGUCAGCCCCACAGGUGACAAACUCACUGAUCAGGAUAGGUCAGCCCCACAGGUGACAAACUCACUGAUCAGGAUAGGUCAGCCCCACAGGUGACAAACUCACUGAUCAGGAUGGGUCAGGUACACAGGUGACAAACUCACUGAUCAGGAUAGGUCAGCCCCACAGGUGACAAACUCACUGAUCAGGAUGGGUCAGGUACACAGGUGACAAACUCACUGAUCAGGAUGGGUCAGGUACACAGGUGACAAACUCACUGAUCAGGAUAGGUCAGCCCCACAGGUGACAAACUCACUGAUCAGGAUGGGUCAGGUACACAGGUGACAAACUCACUGAUCAGGAUGGGUCAGGUACACAGGUGACAAACUCCCUGAUCAGGAUGGGUCAGGUACACAGGUGACAAACUCACUGAUCAGGAUAGGUCAGCCCCACAGGUGACAAACUCACUGAUCAGGAUGGGUCAGGUACACAGGUGACAAACUCACUGAUCAGGAUAGGUCAGCCCCACAGGUGACAAACUCACUGAUCAGGAUAGGUCAGCCCCACAGGUGACAAACUCACUGAUCAGGAUGGGUCAGGUACACAGGUGACAAACUCACUGAUCAGGAUGGGUCAGG